UUGUGCUUUCCAUCAAACAGUCAACAGGCUAUUAGACGCGCUCCUCUUAUUUUUUUAAUUUCCGCCGGUUCGUAAAUGCAUUUAUUUUCCCCCUUAAUGUACUGAUAAGAUUUAUUUCCCGUCAACUAAUUUCCCAGUUUAAAAAAUAUUACUUUCUGAGGUAGGAAAAUAAAAUAGCGCCAAUUUACUUUCGAAAAUAAAUUAAACUGUGUUAAAUAAUUAAAACGUGGAGAAGAAAAACAUAUAAGUUAAAUUGAUAAUGACUUGAAACUAUUUAUUAUGUUAUGUUUUAAAGGUAAAUUUGCUAGAAUUUAAUAAAAUAUCGGAGAUGAAUUUUAGGGGUUCAUCACUUGGAAAUUUUGUUUGCUAAAUUAUAUUCGUGUUUAAAAAAAAUAGGACAAUGUAGUUUAAAUUUAUUUUCUAAAGAUUAAAUGUUUUUUUUUCAUUCAUAAUAAAACUCUUGUCAUUUUCAGCGAAUAAAAAAGAUAUAUAUAUAUAUACUUAAAUUUUAUUUGUUAAGAGUAUCAUAAUUUUCUCCAUGAUUCUAUAAUAUCUAUCUAUUAACUAUAAUUAUUUGUUACCAUAAUUUUACAACUAAGAAAAAAAGCAUAAUAAUUAAAUAUAUUUUUUCGUCGUUUAAACAGUAUUAAUCAAGUUAAAGAAUCAACAAUGUUUAAUUGAGAGAAAUGCUCGCAAUUUUAAAAAAUUUAUAAAUUUAAAAAAAAAUGUAAGGGUAUUAAAUAAAAAAGCAUUUUUAAUAAAAAUGAUCGUUUACAUUUUAAAAUAAAAUGCAGCAACUCAAAAAUAUUUAUUUUAACAGCGCUCCUUAUGAAUGUUACUGCUUUCAGUGAUAAAUAAAAUAAAUUUUAAAUAAUUAAAAAUGUUAACUAAAGUGAAAUACUAUUAAAGAACCUUUAACAGUGUAAUGCUAACACCAAUGAAUUGGAUACUGGUAUCAUUAGUUUGCCAUGUGAGCUUAUUUUUUGGAAUUGCAAGAAGUAGAAACUUUACGCUUGGUUAUUUAACUGGUUCCCAAAGACGGCCUGGCAACAAGGGUUAUCCCAGACCGGGCUUAACUAUCUCAGGUGCAAUUAGUUUGGCAGUCGAAGAAAUUAACCAGUUUCAUCCUAUUAGAAAUAACCAUACGUUGACUUUCACUGUUGAAGAGACUUUCGGCGAAGAAUCCGAGAGUAUUUUUAAGACGGCAACUUUAUGGACACAGGGUGCUGCUGUUUAUGUCGGACCACAAGAGACCUGUGUCCAUGAAGCCAGAAUGGCUGCUAGCUUUGAUCUUCCCAUGAUUUCAUACUUUUGUGCUCACCAUGAAACCUCCAAUAAAGAUUUAUAUCCGACGUUUGCAAGAACUCGUCCACCCGAUACUCAAAUAUCAAAGUCCGUGGCAUCCCUUUUACUCUCUUUCGGUUGGAUGAAAGUUGCUUUCCUUUACUCCAGUACACAGGACAGAAAUUUUCGAGAAGUAUCCAGGACCAUCAUCAAAACAUUCGAAGGAGUAGGGAUUGAAGUUCGAUACCUGGGCACGUGGCCAGAAACAUAUCACUAUGGAUACGGAGAUAAUCCAUUCGAUUCGCUUGUCGAAGAGUCUUAUAUGAAUGCAAGAAUAUUUGUUGUGCUUGGAUAUUACUUUGAACACCUGGGUUUGAUGGUGAGUAUGGAAAGAAAGGGAUUACUGGACAGCGGAGAUUAUUAUGUCAUCGGUGUUGACAUCGAGCAAUAUGAAGUACAAAAUCCACAUCGAUAUCUUAAAGGAUUGCUUAGAGAUGAAAUAGAAGAAGUAGCCAAAAAGGCAUUUCAAUCUUAUCUUGGAGUGGUUGGAUCCCCUCCAGUUGGAUUUGAAGAUUUUACGGUUAAAGUUAAUAAAUACAUGCAACUUCCACCUUUCAGUUUUCCCAAUCCUGUCAGCAGAUUAGGUGGAAUGAAAAGGGUACCAGCUGAAGGUGCAUAUUUAUACGACGCUGUUUAUGUUUACGCCAAAGCUCUGAAUGAAUGUUUACUAAACGAAGAAGAUCCCUUUAAAGGCAGAGGAAUGAUGAAAUACAUCGUUGGGAAGACUUAUUUUAGUGCAAUGGGCUAUAUGGUCUAUAUGGAUGAAAACGGGGACGCAGAAGGCAACUACACUUUAAUCGCAAGGAAGCAUGCACCCGGCAUCAAUGGUGGAUAUGGUCUUUAUCCAGUUGGUGUUUUUCAACUGCAUGAAAACAGAUCCGCUGUACCAGUUCUGAAGUUCACUGAUAGAAUCGAUUGGGUUUCCGGAUAUCCUCCCAAUGAUGAACCCACGUGUGGAUUCCAAGGAGAAAAAUGUGUCAUGUGGAAGCUUGCUAUAGGUGUGACCGGAGGAUUGAUUUUGGCACUUCUGUUCGGAAUUUUAGUUGUAUACAAGAAUUGGGCUUAUGAACAGGAGCUCGACAGUCUCAUCUGGAAGAUUGAUUAUAAAGAAAUUCAGAUAAAUGAUUUCACACCCACUGCAACACUCGGGAGAAUUGCAAGGAGUCUGCAACCCAUGAUGCGAACUAGCCAGGUAUCCCUGAGUUCCAACACAGAAGCUGAUUUCCGCUACACAAAUAUUUACACCACUGUCGGCAUUUAUAAAGGUCGGAUGCUCGCCUUGAAAAGACUCAGAAAGAAGAGCGUUGACAUCACGCGCAAAAUGAAGAAAGAGUUGAAAAUAAUGAGAGAUCUGCGGCAUGAUAACCUGAAUCCUUUUAUUGGAGCCUGUAUUGAUCCCCCCGUCAUCUGCAUUGUGACCGAAUAUUGCUCUAGAGGAAGCUUAAAGGAUAUUUUGGAAAAUGAAGAUGUAAAACUAGACAAUAUGUUUAACGCUUCUAUGAUUGGCGAUAUUAUUAGAGGCAUUACCUACCUACAUGACAGUCAAAUCAGAUCUCAUGGCAACCUCAAAUCCACCAACUGCUUAGUUGACAGUCGAUGGGUUGUUAAAAUAGCCGACUAUGGUUUACAUGAGCUCAAAUCUGGAGCUGAAGCUGGAGACGACGACGCUACAGAUUUUGAAAAACAAUGCGAAAAGCUACUUUGGCGAGCACCUGAGCUAUUAAGAGAUCCUCAAGCCUCUCAGUCAGGUACACAGAAAGGAGAUACUUAUUCUUUUGGCAUUAUUCUUCACGAGAUUAUCGCCAGAAAUGGGCCAUAUGGAAAAACAGACAAAACACCAUCAGAAAUCGUAAAGAAUGUGAUGAGAAGAGAUAACCAGCCUCCUUUUCGACCCCAGGUGAACAAGUUGGAUGAUUCAUUCGAUUGUGUCAUAGAAUGUAUGCAAGAAUGUUGGUCAGAGGAUUCAGACGAAAGGCCAGAUUUCAAGACCAUUAGAACUAAAUUAAGACCAAUGAGAAAAGGAAUGAAACCUAAUAUAUUUGAUAACAUGCUUGCCAUGAUGGAGAAAUAUGCCAAUAAUUUGGAGGUAUUAGUGGACGAAAGAACUGAUCAACUUAUUGAAGAAAAGAAGAAAACAGACGCAUUGCUCUAUGAAAUGCUUCCAAAAUGCGUAGCGGAUCAACUGAAACGAGGAAACAAAGUGGAAGCGGAGUCAUUUGAUUCUGUGACAAUUUAUUUCAGUGAUAUCGUUGGAUUCACAACUAUGUCAGCACAAAGCAGUCCCUUGCAGGUGGUUGAUUUUUUGAAUGAUCUCUAUACCUGUUUUGAUUCCAUAAUUGAAAAUUACGAUGUCUAUAAAGUGGAGACUAUAGGCGAUGCUUAUAUGGUAGUCAGUGGACUUCCUAUAAAAAAUGGUGAUAACCAUGCUGCAGAAAUUGCUUCAAUGGCUCUACAUCUACUAGAAGCGGUCAAAAAGUUUAUCAUCAGACAUAGACCUGAAGAUACAUUGAUGCUGCGGAUCGGUAUACAUUCAGGUGCCGUGUGUGCUGGUGUCGUGGGACUGAAAAUGCCCCGAUAUUGCUUGUUUGGAGACACAGUCAAUACUGCUUCUCGAAUGGAAUCAAGUGGACUUCCUCUUAAAAUCCACUGCAGUGAAGCAUGCAAGGAACUGUUAGAUAGGUUAGGAGGCUAUAAAUUUGAAGAUCGAGGAUUGAUUAGCGUUAAGGGUAAAGGCGACAUGUCGACUUUCUGGCUUACCGGUCAAGAGGAACACAGAAUCAGAAAAUUAAAGAAGAACGCCACGAGAUCUUCUUUACGGCAUUCGAAAUUGAACCGAAGGUUGUCUCUCGAAUCGCAAAAGAGGCUGAGAUUCGCUGCAGUCAAUCCGAAAGCAUCGCAAGAAAACUUUUCGCUCGUUCGAGAAAGAUCCGAAUCUGGUUUGGAAAUCGAUCUCUCGAACAGCGUCCAACCUCUCAUAUCGAACAGCACCCUCCCCAAGCGAAAUUCCUGCCCAUGCUUAGGUGAUACGUGCGAAAGGUGUCUGAAAUCACUGACACCGAAGGUUAUUUUGGAAAAUUCUUCAACUGAGAAAGUAUCGGAAGUGAAAAACACCUCCAAGCGGAGUCUUCCGGGUUGGAGGAAAAUGUCGAGGUUCUCGUCUUUUGUGUCCUGCCUGGGGUCUGGUGAAGUGAACGAUACCUCAGAUUUCGACGAACUGGGGUUCCUAAGACUGGACAGUAAACAUUUGUCUGUCAUAGGACACUCUGAAAGCGAGCCUUUCCUGCCUCAUUUACGAUACUGUAAUAAUCAUUCUGAGAAAAAGAAUGAAAUUGUGUGAUAUAUAUUAAUGAACUCCAUAAUAGUGGUGGAACAUUGCUAGUCAUAUUUGUAACUUUAUUUUUGGAGCAAUGAAUAACAGGGAUAUUAUGCAUAUACAUUUCUAUCUUUGAAAAUUGUUUAAAGGAGGAAUUAAAUAAAAAAAUGUGACUUUGAAAAAAA